AUGUCCUGUUCACGGAUAGUUAGCUCUUACGGCGACAGAACGCCAAGUCAGGAACCACCUCGUCGCCAUCUUGAUGACGUCACUCUCUGGCUCUCCCAGCUGCAGGUGAUACACCGAGCGCCUUCAAAAACAGGACUUCCAGGUGCUCGGCUGCCUCUUCCCGGACCGAGCGAAGCGCCCGCGUGGCCGCCACCCGCGUCCUCCUUCCCGCAGCCCUCAGGAGACCGCGCUUGGCGGCAGUGGACCGCCAGCAGGUCCGAAGGUGGCAGUGUGGCAGAUUCCGUCCAUGGGAAACCUUCCGUGGUGUACAGAUUUUUCACAAGUCUUGGACAGGUCUAUCAGGCCUGGCUGGACAAGUCUACUCCAUACACGGCUGUGCGAUGGGUGGUGACGCUGGGCCUGAGCUUCAUCUACAUGAUCCGAGUUUACCUGCUGCCAGGUUGGUACAUCGUGACCUACGCCUUGGGAAUCCACCAUCUAAAUCUCCUUAUAGCUUUCCUUUCUCCAAAAGUGGAUCCUUCCUUAAUGGAAGAUUCAGACGAUGGCCCCUCGUUACCAACCAAACAGAAUGAGGAGUUCCAGUCCUCCAUUCGAAGUUUCCCAGAGUUUAGAUCCUGGCACGCGGUGACCAAGGGCAUCCUGGUGGCCAUGGUCUGCACCUUCUUUGAGGCAUUCAACGUCCGGGUGUUCUGGCCCAUCCUGGUGAUGUACUUCAUCAUGCUCUUCAUUAUCACGAUGAAGAGGCAAAUAAAGCACAUGAUCGAGUACCGGUACAUCCCGUUCACGCACGGCAAGAAGACACACAAAGGGAAGGAGGACACGGGCAAGACGUUUGCCAGCUAG